GACAGGAAGAUGGUGACUACAGCGCAGCAGAUGUUACAGGACAGCCGCACUAAGAUCGAGCUGCUGCGCAUGCAGAUUGUCAAAGUCAGCCAAGCCAGAGACGGGGUGGACGGCGCCCUCGGUCAGCCUGAGGAGAUGGUUGGUGCUCUGGAGCUGCGGCUGGCUGAACUCCUUCACCACAUGAAGAUUGAAUCGGCCGUAGCAGAAGGAGCCAAGAACGUGGUGAAGCAGCUGAGCGGGCGCAAGGUCCAGGACCGCCGUGUGCUGGCAGAGGUCCGUGACAGCUGGAUCCUUCAUGUUCUGCUUGUUGCUUAA